AUGAUCUCCCAAGGCAUGUGGAGAAGCUUGAGCAUUCAGUGCAAUGAAAGAGACCGCCAUCUUCUUCUAAACUUCAAACACACUGUGGUUGAUCCAUCAGCCAUCCUCUCUACUUGGUCUGAUGAGCGAGACUGCUGUGAAUGGGAUGGAGUUCAGUGUGAUAACACCACCGGCAGAGUUAUGGAGCUCAGCCUCCCAUGUUCCCAACAAGAUCCCUUUGUUGCUGAUUGUGGAGAGAAGAAGCCACGCUGUCUCACUGGUGAGAUCCACUUAUCAUCUUUGCUCCAACUUGAGUUUCUAGAUUACUUGGAUUUGAGCUUUAAUGACUUCCAUGCUAUCGUUCAAAAUGACUAUGUGGAUGAUAUCACAGACUGCAAUAACCUCUCUGUUGCUGACCGUCCUCAUUUUUGCGGAAAUUCUUCUAUUAUGCAUUAUCUUGAUUUAUCUUAUAAUGGUCAUCUCGACAUAGGUAGUCUUGAUUGGCUUUAUCGUUUCCCAUCCUUGGAAUAUGUCAACUUCACUGGCAUUAAUCUUCAAGGGAGAGUUGACUGGAUUCAACUACCAACUCUACUUCCUUCACUUAAGGAGUUAUCCUUAGAGAAUUGCCAGCUUACAAGCAUCAAUCCAUCUCUCCAGUUUGUUAAUCUUACUUCUCUUGAAGUUCUCAACCUUUCUAACAAUGAUCUUAGCUCUGAAUUUCCAGUUUGGUUAUUCAAUCUCAGUGAUGUCACUACCAUUGACUUGAGCUUUAACUUUUUGCAAGGCCAAUUCCCAAAGAGAUUAUUAAAUCUUCAAAAAAUAAAAGAAUUGAAUUUGAAUCAAAACAAAUUCAAUGGACCAAUUCCAGAUUGGUUAGGCCAACUUGAACAUCUACAAGUUCUUGAUGUCAGUGACAAUUUCUUUUCUGGUCCAAUUCCUUCAACUUUGGGAAAUAUGUCAUCCUUGAUUGUCUUGGAUGUCAGUUCAAAUCACUUAAAUGGAAGUCUGCCAGAAAGUCUUGGACAACUCUUGAACUUGAAGGUAUUCGGUUUUAAUGAUAAUCACUUGAUGGGGUAUGUGUCUGAAAGAAAUUUUGUCAAACUCUCAAAUUUGACAAAACUUUACAUGGGAUCACCGAAUUUAAUCUCUAACUUCGAUUCUCCAUGGUGGGUUCCUCCUUUUCAGCUUGAAGUGAUUCAUUUGGAUCACAUGGUGGGCUCGAAAUUUCCUGCAUGGAUAUAUACACAAACAUAUCUUGAAAGAUUAAUAAUUACCCACUCAGUCAUUUCAUUUGAACCUCCAGACAAGUUUUGGGACUUUGUAGCACAACUUCCAUAUAUACACCUACAAGACAACACAAUUCAUGGGGAGAUGCCUAACGUGUUGCUAAACUCUACCAUCGUAAGAUUAAGUUCAAACAACAUCAAAGGCAACCUCCCUCGAUUAUCACCAAAUGUUGUGAUGUUCACUGCAGCACAGAACUCUUUCCAAGGACCUAUCUCUCCAUUGUUGUGUCACAAAGUGAAUGGGAGAACCCAAUUACAGUAUUUGGACCUGUCUGAUAAUCUUUUGUCUGGAGGGCUUACAAACUGUUGGAUAUAUUGGAAAUCACUAGUUUUGGUCAACCUAGAUGGAAAUGAUCUAACAGGCACAAUCCCCCCAUCAAUUAGUUUGUUGUCUAACCUUAGCUCUUUGCAUCUUAAUAAAAAUAAUUUAUUUGGAGGAAUACCUUCGUCAUUGGUAAAUUGCCCAAAGUUGCAGAUCCUUGAUGUAGGUGAAAAUAAAUUAUCUGGAUUCUUAACAAAUUGGAUGCCAAAAAAGGUAAAGAUUCUUCGACUAAGAUCCAAUCAACUAAGUGGAAGUAUACCACCCCAAAUAUGCCAAUUGGCUUCCCUUAGAAUAUUAGAUUUUGCAGACAACAACAUAUCAGGUUCAUUACCUAUUUGUCUGAAAAAUCUGACAGGUAUGACUUUCUGUAAUUCUUCAAAUAAUAGGGCUUAUAGAGUUUGCACUAAAACUCUACGUUUGACUUAUGUAUCACGUGACCGUGUUAUGGUGCAUAUAAAAGGCCAAGGAUUGAUUUAUGAUGAAAACCUGAUGUUCUUGCAUGCUAUUGAUCUAUCAAGUAAUAACAUCUCCGGAUCAAUACCUCCAGAAAUAUUUAGCCUCGCUGGAUUACAAUCUUUGAACUUAUCUCAUAAUCAACUUGAGGGAAACAUACCAAAUGAGAUCAGCAACCUAAACAACUGGGAGUCCCUUGAUCUCUCAAGCAAUCAACUUUCGGGUGAAAUUCCUCAAGGCAUGGCUAAAUUAUCUUUUCUGGGAACCUUGAACCUCUCCUUCAAUAAUUUCACCGGGAAGAUUCCAUCAGGAACUCAACUUCAAGGGUUUGAUGCACAAAGCUAUAUUGGGAAUUGUAGAGAUAUUGUAGGAGAUAUUAUAAGAUAUCAUCCGUGCACUGUUCACACGCUACCAGAGGUCCGUUCUCCCGCCAUCUACAGUGCACAAGCGCCGGUCAGGGGAGGUCGCAGGGUUCCGAUCGGCCAACCACCGGAGUCUCGUCGCCGUCUGAGCAGCGCGUGGCCUUCACGCGCCGUCACCCCGUCCGUGCACUGUUCACGCGCCGUCGCGUUUUGCAGUGUUUUCCGGCGUCGUCUGUCAUUUUCCGGCGUCCUCUCUCGGUUUCCGGCACCUUCUGUUGUUCCCCGACCCAUCCCUGCUACUUCUACUUCGUGGGUCCCACUUAUUGAGAAGGAAGAUCACUUGACUGACAAUCCUCCUGAUGAAAAGGAUGCCUCUCGCAAGUCAUGGUUAAGAGAUGAUGCACGACUUCUGUUACAACUUCGUAACUCUAUUGACAGUGAGAUCAUGCCUUCUAUUACUCAUUGUGAAUUUGUUAAAGAGCUAAUGGAUUAUUUGGCCCUCUUAUACUCAGGAAAGAACAACAUCUCUCGUAUUUACGAGGUCUGCAGAUCGUUCUAUCGGUCCGAGAUGCCCGUUGACCGUUCCCUCACAAACUUCUUUAUGGAUUUUAAAAGCACCUAUGAAGAGCUCAAUGUUCUUAUGCCUAUUUCUGAUGACAGGAAAGUUAAUGUGUCUCACCGCGAGCAGAUGGCCACCAUGAGUUUUCUGACUGCACUGCCAUCUCAAUAUGCGGCUGCUCGAUCACAAAUUUUGUUGGGAGCUGACAUCCCCUCUCUUGAAGAAGCUUUCUCUCGUGUACUGAGAACUGAACAAAACCCUCCUCAACUCCCAUUCCACCUACUAGUGCAUUACUCAGUUGAGGCCAGAAUGACAAUCGAGGGCUCCCUAGUCGAAGUGGUCCGAAACCAGGAGGGGGUAAUCAGGAGCCCAAGGAAGUAA